AUGGUUUCUUUGCAGCACAGGAGGAUCUAUAACACAUUCAAGAAGGUGCUGGCUGUGAUUCUUCUCCUGUAUGCUUUGACUUCAUGGCAUGAUGUCAAGAAACAUAGUAUGAACGUCAUGAAGCCUGGCAUAGUUGCCAAUGGUUACGAAGGUGGACUGAUCGAUGACGUGAGGUUCAUUAAGUGCUACGUUUGGUUCGGAAAUUGUGAUGUUGUUUUUGACGCUAACGAUGAAAAUGGCAAUCUGGUACCCUGGCACAGGGUUAAAAAAAAUCUCAAUGACGAUAAACUUUACGCUAUUAAAUUGGGGCUGCUCUACUCGACUUACCUCUAUGUACAUCUUGCGUCUACCUCUCGUCUCGGGAGUGUCAGAGCUUUGUCUGAUUUAGCCAUCGCCAGAGAUGCAACUUCGAUCCCAAUACAGGUUUUACAGGACAUAAAUGUUCACAUAAACUCGCGAGACAGCUCAAUGUUUCACGAUCACGAUCUAAAACUGGGGUUUUGGCGCCAACUUUUCAAGCAUGAUAUCACGAAAAUAUCAAUCAAAGGGGAAGAUUGGGAUUACAAAGGGCAUGGAAUAUGGUGCAAAUACUCCCAAAUCCGAGACUCAAAGUUUGAAAACGUAAUAUCCAAUAUGCAGCUCUUCUUGGGUAAUGGGUUUGUUGAAUCAAGGCCCAUGUGGAAAGAAGUCAUUCAUGAAAUGAAGAGAGGGAAAGGAAAGCAGCUACCGGCCAUUUCUAUUUCUAUGGAGAUCUUAAGUGAGCAUGGUGAGGUGGACAAUCUUGCUUUAUCCAAUAGCGUUUCAUUCAAAAAUGGCGAAUUAAAAAUUCUACAACUAACUGAUCUUCAUUUUGGUGUGGAAGACAGCAACUAUAAAUUCGAAAGAAUUGGGGAUCUAAGAACUCGAGAAUUCAUUAAUACGGUAAUUGGAUUAGAAAGACCUGAUUUGGUGAUCAUCACUGGAGAUGUGCUAGCAGGUGUACAUACGUUGGACUACGAAGCUGUAUUUUUAAGAGCCGUAGAACCCAUCAUCAAGGCACGUAUUCCAUAUGCAAUUGCAUGGGGUAAUGACGAUUUUUCGAAAUAUGCUUCCAAAGGACAACUCCUUUCAUUUGUUGAAAACUUACCAUAUUGCCUAAAUGGCGUCAGCGGGGAUGCUUCGCUAAUCAAAAACAUAUUUGAACCCAAGCACAAUAAUACGAACAUCGAAAUCACAUUGCAUAACAAAAAUAAGUUUAUCGGCACGAUUUUUGUUUUAGAUUCAACCUGUCCUAAGGAAGCAAACGCAUUUUUAGCGGAAGCAUUUAUCAACAUAAAGGCAGCGCGUGAUGAACUUAAUUAUUACUCGCUCGCUUUUCAGCAUUUACCUAUACCUGAGUACAGACCUAGUGGCUCCUUUGCCAUUAUAGGCUCAUAUAAUGAAAAACAGCCUUUAGAAUCCCCCCAGCUUAACCUCAGAUCUACACUAGAAGACAUGAGUAUUCAAGCUUUGAGUUGUGGCCAUGAGCAUGGGAAUGACUGUUGCCUGCAAUCAACUGGCCCGAUGUACAAAGAGGAAAUGUGGUUGUGCUAUGGGGGGCGUACUGGCGUAUCAGGUUAUUAUAUAGAAGGCGCUGCAGCGCCGAACGUCAGAUUCUUUAGAAUCAACGAUAACACUGGGGAAAUCACCAGUUGGAAGCGGGGGAUAACUACCCCAGCUAGGGUUUACGAUUAUCAAUAUGUCUACAAAAGGAAGAGCAGUUGA